AUGUUUAUGAUAUUGGUAUCAGCAGGAUUUACCACUGGAAUGCUGGGUAAUGUGUUUAUUGGACUCAUGAACUGCUCUGACUGGGUCAAGAACCAGAAAAAGUUCAUUAACUUCAUCAUGAUCUGUCUGGCAAUUUACAGAAUCAGCUGUCUGACUGUAGUAUUUAUUGAUGGGAGCUUACUCGAACGAGCUCCUCAUUUCUAUGAUUCUUACAUUCUAGCAAAAUGCUCUGAUAUAUUCUGGGCUGUGACUGACCCACUGUCUACAUGAUUUGCCACCUGCCUCAGCAUUUUCUACUCCCUCAAAACUGCCCACUUCUUCUUCCCCCUCCUCUGGGUGAGGUGGAGACUGAGAAGAGUGGCUGGUUUUCUCGUAUGCUCUCUGUGCUUACUGAUUUUUUAUUUUCUGCUGCUUGAAACACUUCCUAUUUUGAGGAAUAUGAACAUGAUCGCUAAAAGCAAUCUGACUUUCUUUUCAGAUACAACAAGUAAGACUAUUGCUGUUCAAAAGCUAAUUGUUUUUGACCUGAUGUACUAGGUCCCACUUCUUGUGUCCCUAGUAUCAUUGUUCCUUUUAUUUUUGUCCUUGGUGAAGCACUCCAGAAACCUCAACCUCAUUUCUACCAGCUCUGAAGAUUCCAGAACCAAGGUCCAUUAGAAGGCCAUGAAAAUGCUGUUGUCUUUCCUCCUUCUCUUUAUUCAGUUUUUUUUUUUCAUGCAGGUAGCACAUUGGUUAUUUAUUUUUUUCCCAUCAAACAGGCCAAUUAAGUUUGUUCUGUUAACAUUAAUUAUCUUUCCUUUAAGCCACUUUAUUCUGAUCCUGGGAAACAGUAAGCUUCAGCAGACAGCAGUGAGGACCCGUCAACAUCUUAAAAGCCAGCUGCAAGAGAUGAUCCUCUCCCUUUACAGAUUCUCCAGAGUCUUUACUAAGUGA